CUCACUGAACUCACUCUGUUCCUGCAAAACACACAUUCGCAUUAUCAAAUAAUCAAAUCUUUUUGCCUUUUUUCUCCAAUUUUUCCUAACUUUUUCACUGGAACCAAGUCUUUUGGUCCAUUAAUCUCUAUACAUUGCUUUGGGGUUUUCUGCUUUUCGUUUUAGCACGAAAACCCACUUCAGAUUUCUCCCAAUUGCCACUUUGUUCUGUUUUUUUGACGAGUUUAAGUUCAUGGAUCCGACCCAAAAGGAGGAAUCUUCGGGUAGUGAGGCAACUGGGAUCUCAAAAUCUUGCUCUGAUUGCAAAACUACAAAGACACCCUUAUGGAGAUCUGGUCCUUCUGGGCCUAAAUCACUGUGCAAUGCUUGUGGGAUCAAAUACAGGAAGAAAAAGAGUAGCCCAAUUGGGUUAACCAAAGGGGCAACGAAGAAGAAAGAGAAACCCCUUUCCAACAGUGGUAGUACUGAGGAGGUUGAGUACUGCAAGAAGGGUAAAAUCGGAAAUGGAAAAGAUGGGAAGCUUAGCAAAGUAUUGAGGGUGAAAUUGAUGAUGUUGGGGAAAGAAGUAGUGAUAUUACAGAGGCAAAGAUCUUCAAUGAAGAAACCAAGAAAUCAAAGAAAACUUGAUGAAGUUGAAAGAGCUGCAGUUCUACUGAUGGCUCUGUCUUGUGGCUCUGUUUUUGGCUAAAGUCAGUCAUCAGCACUAAUAGUCAGUAUUAAAAACCCUAACCUUUUUUUAUUAGCUUAUUAUUAUAAAAGUAGAAAAGUAGAAAGAUCCUUUUUUAAGCUUGUAGUAAAAGCUUUUUUUUAGGGUUAUUAAGAAAUAGUGCUAAGUGAAAAAAGAAAAGAAAACAAGAAUAUGGUUUUUAGAGCCUUUUUAGAGAAAUGGCUUGAUUUUGGUAGCUUUAGGAUGAAAAUGAAAUUGUAUAAAAUGAUGAUGAUGACUUUUUGAUUAUUUUGCACAUUGUUUUGUUUUCUUGUGAAGUUGUUGAAUAUCCUCAAAUGUUGCCAAUUCCAUGUUUUCUUCAAUGGAUUAAUCGUAAUCGUUUUAA